AUGCAAUCUAUUGUAACCUUUGUAUUCCAUAUGAAACAUCAAAUAUUCCAGUAUAUUGGUGUUCUAAUCUAAAACAAAUAUUACUCGCAUCAAUAUUAAGCGAAUUGUGGAUAUAUAUAUUAUUAAAACUAAGAGGAAUUGGUAUACACGUCUUUACUG